ACGCCAACCGCACUAGACACAUCCGUUAAAUCAUUAGAACACCUCGAUCAAUCAGCAUAUAUUAAAACAAACAUCCAGUAGUAAAUCAGAGUCAUAAAGCUGCUAGUUUAGCUGAACCAUGGAAAAUCUAGACUCCACUAUCGAUAGCACAGAGAACAGCAGGUUCUCGGCCUUGUACGGCGGAUUGAUCAAGGAGAUCGCUGCAAACUCGAAAAUGUCCACCUUGGACAUCACCUGUUUGCUCUGCGUUUACUACAAGUUCGUGAGGUUCAACGGACCUGGAGCCAAGCAGAUGAAGAAGAAUCAGUUCUACCAGAUCUACUUGGUGCUCUUCAACGUGGCCAAUGUUCAGGUGAUUGAACGCUCCCUUCUGGCCAUCACAAAGGAUACCAAGUAUGUUAGUCCACGGGCCUGGAUUGAUCUCUUUGAGCUGUAUACCACCGAGGACCUUGACCGCCGUAUGAAGUUUGCCUUCGAAGUUUAUGACACCAAGAACACCGGAGUUAUCGAUCGCGAGCAGGUGGGCGUGGCAUGCGAGAAAUUCUUCCACGAAGGCGAUGACGAGGAUGAACUAAUUGAGCUUAGAGCGGACAUGACUGAAUUUAUCAUGAAGAAGUUUGAUGUGGACAAGGAUGGAGUCAUUUCGUUUGAGGACUACUCCUCAGUUGUUUCCCAACAGCCCGUUUUGGUUGAGUUUUUGGGCUGGCUAUUUCCGUCGAACGAAGAAAGGGAUCUUAUGGCCCAUGUUAUCAACAUGGACUCCAUGCUUAAUUAUUGUAACCCGGACUCAAAAUAAGCUUACCUUAUGAUUAAGCUUGUUUAUCCCACUGUGAUAGUAAUCGAACGACAGUCAAUGAACGAGGAUGCCACCAAAGUAGUUGCCCAAAUUUUUGUAUGAUUAUAAAUUAAUCAUUAAUAAGUUUUAUAAGCAUGCUAUUUCAAAUUUCCACCAAUACUUUGAAAAUAAAGCAAAUG